UCAACAGUAAAAGAGCGCGCGGAACGUCAUCAUCCAAUCGCGGGUAGAAUAUUCUGAUUUUGAAUAGUGUUUUGUGAAGCAUCUGGGUGGGAUUGAGCCUAGCUGCUCCUGCUCGGGUUGUAUCCAACGGGCCAGCUUCAACCAGCUUCGUUGUAAACCUUGCGCUAGAAACCAACGGGUUGUGGAGAAACAUUCCUCUCCGACCAUCGAAUCGAUAUUGGGAUGUGGCGGUUUUGUGGUAAUUUCCACACAAAAGGACCCAUCGUGAUUCCUGUUUUGUUUUGACACUUAAGUGGAGUUGAUUCGUCCUCUAGUGCGCUCUAGUGACGAUAAUCUGUGAAGGAUGGUGGUAUUGUAAUGAGCAAACAGGAAUGUAUAAAUAAGCAGUCGAAAAGAUGGAAAUCUGUACUCGUGGCUUGAAUAAAUAGUGAAUUAGUUGUCGAUUUGGGUGGGGGCCGACCUAAGCUGGGAAUUGUUGUUCGGUCAAUCCAACGAGUGCCAGAGUUUCGCCAGAGUUGGGUAGGAGAGUGGUACCUGGCUGCAGGAGUGACUUGUGACUUCCGCAUAUUGCCAGCGUCGGUGAAAUCGAUACUAGAUUAACCCUUGCGCUUAAUGGAUGUGCCGAGCCCGUGGGAAAGGAUUUAUUUGUAUAUGAAUAAUUAAUGAAAUUGGCUCAGGUAGGCUGACGUCAGCCAUUCGAAUCGAAAGUAUUCACAAUCUGGAAUUCCUCGGAAGUGGAGAGAAGGCAAAUCAAGUGUUCGUCUGCGAAUCGGUGCUUUGGCGUUGGAAGUGAGUUUUGAUUAUUGGAAAAUCGGAUGGAAGUGCUUCAUUUGUGUUGAAAGUGGUGAUAAAUGGAAACACGUUACCCGGGAUAACAAAGGAAGCGAAAAAAAGGAUAAUUGAUUUACAGAACGAAGCUGUCCAUUUAGGAGAGAAAUAUGUGCUCGUAAAAGGAUUACCAUCUACGUAUAGCAGGGUCGAAUGAGAAAGGCCGACAUUUUUUCGCGUUCACUUCUACUCAAUGUCCAUCAACGAGCCAAAGGCGGGCUCGUGUACAUCCGAGUUAAUUCCAAAUGUAAAUAUUCCACAACGCCCAUCUCACAAUCGCCCAUCGCUGAACAGUUUCAUUUUUUUCCCGUGAACGAGAGGAGAACAAACAUCUGAAGGCGAAUAAAACAAAACAAAACAAGAGCACAAACAACGCAAACAACGCAAACACACCCACGUUGGUGCAGUCGACCGAAGCAUGAGACAUAUAUUCUGAAGUAGGAAGGAGUGAAACAGUUUUUUUAUUUCCAGUUUUCACACAUUUUUGAUCCGCCAAUGUCGAGUUUUUGGUGAAACAACGCGGGCAAACAAUUUACCGGGCGGCUCCACUGUCGGUUGACCUAAGCGCGGGAAUCAGUUCACGUGAGGUGUGCUCCAUGAAGGAAGCAAAAUAAGAUAAGCCAUAGUAUCCCGGAGGAACGUCAAUUGAUAAGGCUCCAUCAGACGUUGAAAAACCAAACAACGAAACGAAAAUCGAAUUGAAUUACUAAAUCGGGCGCGCAGAGCGUUGCUCCCUACAUGCCAACGACAUCGGAAUGCUUUCCCUGAAUUUGAUUAGUGAAAUAAAAAGUCAAUCAAACGAAGAAAUUUACCAAGAAGAUUGCUGAUUGCAGUGAAGUGCGAGAAGUGUGUUGGGAAAGCAAACGGAAUGCAAAGAAAGUGUUCCCGAGUGUGAGGUAGAGUCAUCCAUUGUUCGAUGGAUUUCACCCUUUCCCGUCACUUGCAUUUGUGGAUAAAAAGGCAACAAAGUCACGAAUGACGAACGUUAUCGGAGAAUCGGAUUCGUCUUCCCGAAAGCGCCGACCAAUCUAACGUGUAUGUAAAUUUUAGCUCCAAACAACCUGAUGCAAUUUUCGAGAGCUGAUUUGACGUUCUAAUUAGCAUAAUGCUCUACUUCGCGAGAUUCCCUCAGACAGAGGAUGGUAGACUAGGCACUGGUCUUCAAGUGGCACUUUUUGUCUAACUCAAUCCGGCUCGGCAAAAACAGUGGUGGUGACGUGUUGACGUCCAGCCAAAAGACGUCAAAAGAAAACAAAGACGCAGGCAGUAAUCAGAUAGCACCAGCACCAUUCGACGAAUAUCAUGGAAAAUGUGUAUGAGAACGAGCUUGCUGAGAACGAACAGCUGGUAUGCUAUAGAGGUGCAAUGGCCGCCGGAGUGGCCGCCGGGAGUGCUUCCACUCCGGCUGGGAUUCAGCUGGUCAGGUCCAACAGUACACACAGCGUCCGGCUGCAUAUUCCCUCGUCGACCACAUCAUCACCGGCGUUGCCAAGGGUGCUGCUCCCGUCGGAGACGCCCCCUUCGCCCACCAGCGUCUCACUUUCGGCGGCUGACACCCCCCCAACGGAGCCCAACAAGACCCGGCAACAAGACAAUCAACAGCAGCAGCAGCCCGAGCUGCUGUCGUCGUUAAAGCUCGGCAACAGUAACAGCACCAAAAAGGCGCGGGUGGACUUUGUGCGCUUUGAUUCCACCGAGAUCCAUUACACCGAUCAUCACGAUGAGGUGCGGACCAAAAUCUCGGACGAAAUUAAAAGUGCGUGCAAACUAUCGGACAAAAAUAGGGCCGACCGGCUUGCGCGCCCACGAAUGUCUCUGCUGGGGAAGCCGCUCAACUAUAACCGGGGCUCACGUCGUGACGCCCGUUAUAGGCGGCUGCAGAGCAGGGUCUACAACUUCCUGGAGCGACCACGAGGCCUCAAAGCGAUCCUCUACCAUGUCUGUGUAUUCUUCUUGGUGUUCACAUGUUUGGCCUUAAGUGUCUUCUCAACCAUAAAGGAGUACGAGAUCGAAGCGAUCGCCAUCCUGUUCGUCAUGGAAAUCAUCGUAGUUGUGUGGUUUUCGAUCGAGUUCUUCCUACGGUUAUGGUCAUCAGGAUGCCGCUCGCGCUAUCAAGGACCCAUAGGGAGGUUAAAAUUUUUAAAAAGACCUUUUUGUAUUAUAGAUAUAGUGACGAUAGUAGCGUCAAUAGUGGUUCUAGUGAUGAGAUCAUCCAGCCAGGUCUUUGCAACGACGGCAUUGCGUGGCCUGCGAUUCUUCCAGAUCCUGCGUAUGGUGCGGAUGGACCGACGCGGUGGCACAUGGAAACUGCUAGGGAGCGUCGUUUAUGCUCAUAGACAAGAAUUAAUUACAACGUUGUACAUAGGAUUUCUGGGCCUUAUUUUUGCCUCGUUUUUAGUGUAUUUAAUGGAGAAGGAAGUGGAGAACACAAAAUUCAACAACUUUGCUCAAGCCUUAUGGUGGGGUGUGAUAACGCUGUGUACGGUCGGAUACGGCGAUAUGGUCCCGGAAACGUGGCAAGGAAAAAUCAUUGCAUCGUUUUGCGCCUUACUCGGAAUCUCGUUCUUCGCCCUGCCGGCGGGUAUCCUCGGUAGCGGUUUCGCCUUGAAAGUACAACAACAGCAGCGGCAAAAGCACAUGAUUCGCCGCCGUCAGCCCGCUGCGACGCUGAUCCAAUCGCUCUGGAGAUGUUACGCAGCGGACGAACACUCGCUCUCGGAAGCGACGUGGAAAAUUCACCAAGUACCUCUACCCAGCCCGCCACCAUCAUCAAAGCUGGAAGCGGCCGAAAAGUUGGCAGCAUCCUCCGUCGCUGCGCGGGCAUCGUCAAGCUUCAAGCACAACGCCUCCUUCGUGGCCCGGCUGCCAACGAUCCGGCGGCACAAGAGCCAAUCCCUGCAUUCGCCCGGCAACGCGAAACCGCCGAGCGGCGGCGGAAGCGGCAGUGGCAGUGGCCGGGCCGGUCGCUGUCCGCGGGUGACGGAAAUCAACGCUUCAUCGGAGAAUCUGGAAGUGACCAACAACGGUAGACCGAUGAAUCCCAGUCUCAGCGAAGACUCGGUUGCGGAAACAGCACUGUGCAAGAAAAAUUCAGAUGCGGGUCUAGAGAGGGCCUCGAUGUCGUCGAUUCCCGGCUCGACCGCCGGCAACGAUCUCGUGCCGGGCCGUGGCUUCCUGUCGACCGCAAGCUUGUACCACUCGGCCUCCCGGAGGAGCAGCUUCGUCAGCGGCAUUUUCUCGUCCGGCUCGCAGCGGCGCGGCAGCGCAAACGAAAGUGGACCCCCGUCCGCGGGCCCUAACAGUAACGUGUUUAUCUCACACACUACUAAUAGUAACAAUAGCGUUAAUCCCAACGUCCCGACUAUGCUAAGAUUCGGAGGGGCCUCUGCGCUGCCCGUACUGCUCUGCGGGCAGCUGCGCAACGAACUACUCACCCAGCAACACGCAAACAAACAAUACUCAUUUUUCACACAACCAAGUACUGACUCUCUGAAUUACCAUCUAAUUAGCACUCGCAAUGAGGAUGAGGAACCGAGAUGUGUACAGCUAACGAAUCAACACAAAGGGGCCAUCCGAUUCAUCCGAAAGAUGAAGUACUUUGUUGCGCGGCGAAAGUUCAAAGAGGCCUUAAAACCGUACGACGUGAAAGACGUCAUGGAGCAGUAUGCAGCCGGACACGUAGAUUUGCUCGGCCGAGUAAAGAAUGUGCAAACUAGGUUAGAUCAAAUUCUUGGCAAACAAGGAUCGAAAUCAAAAGAUGUGUAUGCAUCGAAAAUUAGCUUAGCUUCUCGAGUAGUAAAAAUUGAAAGACAAGUUGAUGACAUAGAGUCGAAAGUAGAUACGUUUAUAGAUCUAUAUAUGCAGGAUCGGAAGCAUUUUUUGUCACUUCCACUCCAUCCUGAUAUAUCACAUUCCAACAAUCCAAACCUUCCAUCGUUGCCACCGAGCGCAGGGGCAGGGGCUGAAAUCGCAUCUGUGACAAGUAGUUGUAGUGGUUCGUUAAAACCAAAACCUAUUUUAAUAGACAAACAAUUCUCGGAGCCGAACUCGCCGAUUGCGAAAGUGUUCGAGGAACCAAUGCAGCCGAAACGUCCAUCAAUGCAACGCGGAUACUCCGAUCUAGGACAUAGGAUUAAGAAGCGUGUAACUUUAAGCUCUAUACCCCCGCAGUACGUGGGGAACAAUAGCGUUCAACCAGGCGAUCGUGGUGAUGUCGUAAUUCUAGUUCCUGAAAUCGAUGCCGACCAGCUGGAACAGGUCGGCGUUGAAGGCCUACCGUCGUGUAUGGCCACCGAGAUCGAAGUCGAACACGGCAGCCCGAAGACCAUCACGGAAAGUUCAAUGAUCAUGAUGGACGAGGAAGAUGACGAAGACGACGAAGAGGAAGACAUUGAGGAGGAGGAGCUCGACAUCCGGGGCGAGACGGACCUGGAAUCGCCACCGUGGGACGAGUACGCCGAGCUGGAUAUGGAGGAUCAGGAUGACAUGACGGAGAAUACGGCCCUGCUGAGGACGGCCGACAAGACCAAGAUCAUCGUCACUCCGAUCAGUCCGGUCAGCUCCGCCUUCGAGCUCAACCGGAUGGACAGUGAGGAGUACAAACGGUCACGACACCUUAGUUCGGGCGCUAGUGGUAGUGGCCUCAACAGUGGAUCCUCUCCCAAAGGUGGCCCUGGCCUAAACAAUGGAUCCUCUGCGAAAAUCAAUGACGAAGGGGACCGCCAGCAAAGCACCCAUAUAGCGAUGGACACGCUCAAGCCGGAAAUGACCCCACAGUCACAGCAUCCGAGAAUUGCUUCGGAAGAUAUAUGAGAAUGGCUUAAAUUGUCCCCGAAGGUCCCAUUUCGUUCGUGCUAUCGCAACAGCGAUCUUUCAUUCCAUCCGUGUUUGCUCUGCUACGUUUUCCAUGAUUUCACAAGCCCGGCACUAGGUGGCCAGGUGGUGUUGGGGCUCUCAAUCUCAACGCUGCAUAUUUCGCCGGAUCCGACGAACACUGUUGCUAUACGAACAGGUUGGGUUCUGAACGAACCCAGCGGUACGAGAUUCGAAAACGUUAGGCUUAAGUUAGAAGUUAUAGUAAUAAAAUAUUUCUAUUAUUAGAUUAUUAUUUUUCGUUCAUUUUCCCCCAUUUCUUUCAAACGAAAUUUUAGCGAAAGAUCAUGUGCCUCGCUGCAGAAAGCUCAUUUCAAAUGACUGAGCUAUCUGCGCAGACUUUAAUAAUCUUACAGUAGAUUAUAAACCCGAUGCGCGAUACACGAUGUGGUGUUAGGACUGAUGACUCGUAUCGUAACAUUUUUUUCUAUUUCAGCAAACUCAGUGGUAACUCAUUUACCACUUCAAACACGCGCUUUGAAGAGUCAUGCAAUCAGUUCCAAUUCUAAACCAUACAAAAUGUAUUAAGUACAGCUACGAUUAAAUUUAACCCGAAUUCGAAUAUAAUAAUGAAGAUUCUCAUUCAGAGAACGUUGUAGCCUUCAAUCAUCAUUUUACCAUUAUCAUUUUCAACAGUUGAAGUGCCGAUUUGAAGAGCCUCGUUGAUAUUCCUUCUAGCACAAAAAUAUACUCAAUGUACUUGUUGUUUUAUAGCACAAUCAUCGCACCACAGGAUGCCAUCGAACUGGGUGUUACUUACUAUCAUUGAUCAUUAGACCUCUACAAUUCAUAUUUAUUGAAAAUAAGCACAAAAAAUGACAACCUUGUGAUUUCUGUUUAUAAUUAUCCUCAUGACACUAGCGCAAGUCUAGAUUGACCGGUAGACCGGUCAAUGUAAGCUCUAGGAAUCAGUCUACUCAAAAUACUCUAGAAGAUAAAUAAGCAAAGAAAAACGCAGACAACAAAAUAAGUGACCAAUCCACGCUAGCUGUGCUCUGAUAGUGAUUAGUACGAAACAUUAUUUCGAGACGUCGCAGGCUAGAAUAAUACUUAUGAUUAACAAUGCAUCGCUGCUCUCUGCUGGGAGUGCACAUCGAUGCAGAUAUUACACUGAAAGGGCCAAAAGGAUUCCGACAAGUGGUUAACUACGGAAGAAAAAUGUACAUAGCGAAAUAAUUUUCCAACCACAAACCACAGAACAAAUACUGCGAAUCGUUAAAAAAUAGCCAAUCGUAGAAUUGGUGAUUUAAAUGAAAUUCACGCAAAAACGUCAAUUAUUAAUUAUAAAUGAAAAAAACAAACGAUAGAGUAUAGUAGCGCGGAAAAACUAAGAACAAAAAAAAAAGAGAGGGCGAGUAUUAUCAUAAAUGAGAUAAAACUCUGCACCUCUGGUUUCAGAGUGUUCAUUUCUGUGCGCCGUACAGAGAAUAUAACGCAAAAAUCCAAACGUUUCCACCCUGGAUGGUAUCCUCCGUCAGCCAACGACUAUUCGGGUCCAGAAAAGUGAUCGAGAGAAAAACCUUCUCCAAAUGUGUGCAUCACACGUUUCCGUUUUCCCCUAAAUCCCUUAGAGCCCUCUGAACUCGGAAAAUGAAGGCAAUGAUUCGCAGGGUCCCAUUGAAGGUUGGAAACGACCGAGAAACACGGUGGAGCUUCACAAAUCAAAAUUUUCUUCCAGUAAAAUAGGAACGAAGGAAUCACACGACUCUGGUGUGUGAGAAGAGAAAAAAAAAACCCAUAAAUCAAACUGAAAGACAAACUGAAAUGAACAUACUUUAUUUCCGAAUAAUGUUUAACGACAAGACAAUAAUAUGCAAAACAGAAAAAAAACAAAACUAAUGUAAUAUAGAAGGAGGAAACAAAAGUGGUCGACAUUGCGUAGAUUCGUACGUUUGCAACAUUCGGAAGUUUCAUUUCUCAGCAAUCAAAACUACAAGAAAAUUCGUGUCGUGACAGACCCGCUAGGAUUUUUAUAUUCGUUAUACUUUCAUAUCCUUUGAAAAAAAAAAACAGAUAUACUAGGGACAAGACUAGCUAUAAGCAACGAGUAAAAAAUAUUACUGGAUGUUCUUCUCUUUGUUAAAUUUUAAUCUAUUACGUUUAAGUUUACGUUACUUUUCAUUUCUUAUGUUUUUAAAUUGGUGCAAACUCAUUCAUACCGUUGAAUAAAGAUUAUAAGUUCCAAAAUCUUGUUUUGUUUUUCUUCUUUUACUCUUCAAUUUGAGAUUUCGUUUAGUUAUGCUUGAAAAUGGGUAUAUCCGAUGAAAAUUUCUAUUCUGUUCUAUUUCUGUUCUUCUAUUUUAAUGUGCAACGAUCUUUCGAUUGUUUGCACUAUCUGGAGAAUUAGAUCAUUGAAAAAUAUUCACAAUACGAGAUCAAAAAGUAUCGCGAUUUUUGAAUUUCCGUGGGUUACGUAUAUUCAAUUUCGAUUUUCGUGGCGUUAGAUUUUUACCCAAUAUUUUGGGCAUGAGACAGGUCGCCGCAAAACCUUACCAAAAUCACUCAAUUGUCGACCAAAAACAGCAUCGUUAAAGGGAGGCGAUCUAGCGUAGUGGUAACAUAAAUGCCUCUCACACUAAAGGUCACGAGAUAAAUUCUCACUCCCGACAUCUUCCAAAAAUGGAAGUAAAAGUAACGAACCAGCCAAAUGAGUUGAAAGUCACUAUAAUACAGAUAAAAAAAAUAAAAGCAUCGCUAAGGCGUUAAGGAUCUAUUUGGACUUUGUCCACGACGACUCAAAUUUGCUCUAGUUAAGACCCUAACUACACCCGAACUAGCGUUGGCAGAAAAAAUAUCAUCUUCGGCAGAAAAAGACGGGUGUGUAGUGUCGGGGACAUAACCGAAGAGACGUAGGACUCCGUUUGGUCGAAACCAUUUGAGGGGCACAAAUUGGACCAUUCAAAACAUAGUGCGUUCGGACAAUGCUUCACAUUUCACAAUUAUUCGAUUGUUUAUCUCAAGAAAAACAAUGUGAUAGAUGCGUAGAAAUAUUUCCUAUCAAUUGAUGUAAACAUCUUUGCAAUGUAUUGAGAAAUGCUCGAGUUAUAAGCAUUUAAUUUUUCAUUUUUCCCACUUGUUCGGUGCCUUGAUUUUCAUUUUACCUUCUAUAUCUUCCGGUCAGAUGUAGUCUUACGUCAAAAAGCUUGUUCGUUUGUAUGAGAGCAGACCUCUCUUUCUCUCAGACUGUACGUCAGCAUGGAAAAAAUAGUCCAAACGAUGCCAAGCAGGAGAUCGAACCUAGGCCAGCUUAAAUGUCCCUUGUUUCGCUCGCUUAUAUUGCUCUUAUUUUGCUACGGCAUGUAUAUUAUACAAAUGCCGUACCAGUAUAGGAGAGUAGCACAUUUUCUGUUAUUUUCAAGCUCAUUUAAUGUAAAAAUCAGAAUGUCAAAACAUGUGCUAAAAAUUAAUUUUGGGUGUUGUGACGAAUCAAGGGUUUAUGGUUAUAUUGUGAGAAUUUAGCUCAAUCAUUCCAAUGCUGGAUUGGAAUAGGCAAAAAUCGAAGACGAUCCGAAACACGUACAGUACUGGCAAUAAAUCAAAAUAUGCUCUGCUAGUUUUUAAAAUGUUAUCAAAACGAAGAGGAAUUCAAAGCAGUUAUUGAGAUUUUAUAUUUCCAGGAUGAUAAUUGCAUGUCAUCCUACCAAGUGAGAAGAAAAAUGUUUCUUUAAAAUCUGGUUUGUUCUUCAAAAUAGUGAAAUGAAUAUUAAUUGCUCAUUUUGAUGUGAAAAAAAAAGAAUACAUGCCAUGUAUUUGAAACAAAAGCUUAAAAACCAGUCACUAGUAUUUCGUGUGUCCUCAUUUGGCACAAAUGACUGCCUGCAAGCUUCGGUGCAUGCUUUCAACCAAGUUUUGCAAAUAAUGUUGAUCAAUUUGUUCCCACAUAGUUGAAAGUUCCUCAAACAGCAGAGUUUUGUUGGCCACCGUGCUUUUAUCCAUUUUUUUUAAAUCAAGAAUUGACCACAGAUUUUCAAUCGGGUCCGGAGAUUGUGGCGGCAAAUCCACCAACUUCACACGAGAUUGACGGAAGUAGGUCCAUUCCUUCGGCAAACCAUUCUUCCGUGUUGAUCUCUUCAAAUUAUUCAAAAGUAUAUCGAUGUACUUCUCAGCAUCCAUUACACCAUCGAUCUGAACCAGGUUUCCAACACCGGACCAAGCAAAACACCCCCAGACCAUGAUGUUGCCGCCACCGUGUUUCACUGCCUUCUAAACGUUCUUGUCAAGCAGCUCCGCUCCUCGCUCAAUGCAUACUAUGGGUCGUUGUUUCGUUCCGAAAAGCUCGAAUUUUCUCCAAUAUGUUCAAUGAUAAGCUUCCUUUUAUAGUUCUGCUUGUAGCUCUUGGGUUUUUUGCACUUUUUUGACGAUUCUGGCAUCAUCCCGGUCCGUUGUCAAGCGUUUGCGUCCACGUCCUACCCGGUCGCAAACGGUAUCAAGCUCUUGGUACUUCCUCCAAAGCUUCUGAAUCGUACCAAUGCUUACGUUGUACUUGGUCGCUAUAUUCCGAAAGGAUACGCCAUCUUCGCGGCCCUAAACUUUAGUUUACGCACACAAAUUUCGAUUUUCAUGAUCAGCCAGAAAAAACUUAUAACAACACACGAAACCGUAUUCAGAGUCAACAAACUCAAUCUGAAUUUAGAGAAUGAUGGCACCCAAACACCGAAAGCGUUCAAAAAUGUUAUUGAUAUCAGUAACGACGUGCCAGCUCCAGCUGAAUAAGAAAACCUAUAUUCUUUGUUGUACCUCAUUCAAAAUGACCGUUUCUACAACAUUAUUCAUUUGUUCACAAAUAUGAUCAAACCAGAUACAACCAAUGUACAAAUCUUGUACUACAAUCCAAAACCAAUAUUUGUGGUGUUAACUGAUAAUAUCUUAUUUAUGUAAAACGAACGAUUCAAACAAUGUAUUCUUUACUAUCGCCAGUACUGUACACGCAAAACAACCGUCAGAUUUGCCGGUAACGGUGAUUGAUAAAAUAGGCGAAAAGCGCGUUGAAUUUCCGGAACUGAAUCAUUGUUUUUGUAAAAAUAGCAGAAUUUCUGGGGGUUGCAGUCAGUCUAUAGAUGAUGAAAUGGUAAAUCAAACUGAACAUAUAACAAAUGACGGCUGUCGAAAUGGCACACAUUUCAAACAAGUGUGGCCAAGUGAAAGUUCCAUAUCUUAUAACCACCCUAAAAUCAACUCAGAAGAGCGUGCGAGACUUCGCAAAUGGGGGUUUUGCGCCGUUAAUGCGUUGAGCCCUGCGCCGGUCCUUGAGGACCGACACUGAAUUUUCCAUCUGAUUAGUGUCGGUCUAAUUGGACCGAUAGUGGUCUUUUUGUGUGAAAAGCAUCUGCACUAGGAUCGACAGUGGUGCUACAAUGAUGCUACAUCCCUUGAAAAGAUUGGAUCUGGCGGAUCAUUGCUCCGCCAGUUCACUCGAUUCAUAGCUGUAGUUCACCAACUCCCGGCUGCGCCGAUUCUCACCAAGUCCGGUUCCUCCUGGUCCAACUACCUCGCUCGCUGGGCUCCUCUCCUUCUUGUUCCGACCGGAUUCGAUGCGAACACCAUCUUUGCAGGGCUGCUGUCCGGCAAUCUUGCAACAUGCCCUGCCCAUCGCACUCGUUCAGCCUUGGCGACUUUCUGGAUGCUGGGUUCGCCGAAGAGUUGCACCAGUUCGUGGUUCAUUCUCCUUCUCCAUACUCCGUUUUCCUGUAUCGUUUUGAACACUCGGCGUUCGAAAACAUCAAGUGCUCUCUGCAUAACACCUUCCAGCGUCACGUUGAAGAGCAGACAGAAGAGUCCAUCGCCUUGUCGAAGUCCCCUGGGAGUGUCAAACGAUUCCGACAGAUCGCCUGAAAUCCGCACACCGUUCGUCGUUGCCUGAGUCAAUCUUAUCAGCUUUCGGGGAAAACCGUGUUCGUCCCUGAUCCUCCAAAGCUGUCGUCGAUCGAUUGUAUCAUAUGUGGAAAGGCCGCAAAAAUCGGUUCUAGAUAUUUUUUGCGAGUGCCAAUAUAGCUGCCACUGUCUUACAAAAUGUUAAGAGGGAACCUCCACCUGGAGGACCAAAAAAACAUGGGGUUUUGGCGGCUUAUUAUGUCAUUUGAGAUUUAGUCAAGUGUUCGAAUCUUUUGCGGUGUGUUUAGAGUACGUUUGAGAAUGUGUUUUAAAAAUUUUGACAAUGCUGUUAAAUAUUGGCUCUGGUAGAUUUGCGCUAAGUGCUCUCUAGAAGUCGGUACCUCGCUGGCGGAACAUUUAUCUCGGAAAUUAGACGGACGAUUUAGUCGAAAUUUAGCUAGAAUAAGUAAAAAUUUAUUCUCCAACGAGUACCGUAGUGGUUUUUCAAAAUUCAAAUUCCCAAAAUGUUGGCUACAAUAUUUUUUUUAAAUUUUUAUAUCAAAAAUCGUCACUUAAAAUGCUGACAACAAUCGAAAAAACAAAAUAUUGGAAAACCGCUACCCUAGGUGAAGAAAAAUACAAUUUUACGUGUUAAUAACAACUUUUAGCCAAAUCAUAUAGGCCCUGAAAUAAAUGUGCCGCCAAGUGAAAAACAAAAAAAAAAGUUUGGAGAAAAACACGUUGUGAUUUAGUUUAUAUUGCGAUAUGUGUUGCUGAUAUGUUGUUUGACCUCAUAUUUUUCACUGUAACUAUGAGAAUGAACGUGGGCCAGAUGCUACAAUAUAUGGUGGCUACUCGAAAGAGCAAAAAUAAAAGUUUCGCUUCUGUCGGUUUUCCUGGUCGAGUGCGACAAAUACGAAAAUUUAUGGCGUUUCUUCCAAACCCCGUUUUCAACUAUUUUAAGCAAUAAUAUCAAUAUUUUCGAGUUCAGUUAUCUUUAUUACGUAAUUUUAAACAAAGUGACUAGAUGUACCCUACAUUGUUCAUCAAUGACAUCCUCAAGACGACGUCGGGAGCUAGAACACGCCUUUCGAAAGUAAAGCCCCUCACUGCUUCAUAACGUGGCUGAUCACUAAAAGAACAACCAUUCUGACCACAUUUCUCCUUCCGUUCGAUGCGUUCAGAGUUUCGUAGUAACGUUUAAGUGCGCUACCCAUACAGCGUCACCACGACUCAUACGACUCACCGUUGACUGCACGAUUCCGAGUUGUUUUCUGUCAAGAAGAAGAAUAGAAGGAUUCACGGGUUUUGGUUGUGUUAAACUUUGAUUGUAUUAGUAGCCAGGAAGGUAGGAAGUUCACAUACCAAGCAUACCAGUCAGUCUCUCAAAUGGUACAAAACUGAAUGUUUCAACGAUUAACGAUGAAAGGGGAUAAACAGAAAUAAAUACAUAUAUCCAAAAAAUAUUUUCUGCAUUAUAAAAAAAACAGAACAUUUCACGAACUAAAAUGUUUAAUUUUUUCAUUGAUUUCUUCUUGCAUCAGAAAUAAUGUUCUAAUGUCUACUAUAUUUGGAUUUCAGAGCAACUUCAUGGAAGCUUAUCUCUUGUCAGCAAUUGUAAUGGUUUUUUUCGCAAUUAGGGUGCUAAGCACUUCAUUCGUCUAAAACUAGGAUGCAAGCGGAAAACUGUUCGUCUCAAUCUAGGUCAUACGAAGUCAAUUAAAUUUAUUUUCCAAGUGCAUUUCACAUGACGUUUCACGUGACAUUUACAUUUUUGGUCGACGUAACGAGAAGUAAAAUUGAAUUGAAAAUAAGUUUAGAACACCCAAAUAAUACUGAAGUUUCAGUUUCUGCUAAAAUGUCCUUAUGAUUUUGAACGCUAGCACUGAUUUAAGUAAAAAAUAGCUCGCUCAUUUCAUCUGCUUGUUUUUAUUUUUAAUAACAACACUUCUCCUCUGUAGUGGAUAUAAGAAAAGUAACAUACAUAAACAAAAUCUGUGACGCCACAGAUUUAAAAAUCUUCCCAUCUUUCAUUUUCCAUCUCGGUUUUCUGUUGUCCCGAUCAAGGCGCCUAGAAGUAUAUCCUAAGGUGGGCCAACUUGCUAAAACCACUCUUCAGCCAUACUGGAAGUCUACUGUGUUUUGUUUGUAAACAAAACACUAUACACUUGUGCCCAAGCUCGCUCGUGAUCAGUCUGUCUCUUUCACGCUUCAAGCAAAUAUUUACCCUUCUGCUUUCUUCCGUACUGUUUUCAUAUACCGCUCCCCUAACCAACUUAGUGACGAAAAGGCCUCACCUUAGGAUAUACUUCUAGGCGCCUUGGUCACGAUGAAGAAGUUGAAGAUUUUCCAGGUGCUUGCGUAAAACCAAUUCGCGGUGUUGCUUUUCGGGUGAUGCCAUUCUUUCCAACUUUCGAAAAACUGACACCGAUAAAAAUACAGUGUAAACAAUACACUCUAAACUACUUCUACCAAAAAUUUCAAGCGAAGAUACCCAAUUGGUAAUAUUCUACAGCGUUUUUUCAAUGAUGCAAUCUUACACCCUCUAGUCCUCCAACAUCGACUAGAAUGUGAACGUUAUGACAGACUUCAGGGUAUUCACACUAGCGUAAGUGCAGCCUCCGAGUCACCUUUAGCACCCAUUACAGCCCUAUCAUAGAAAAUCAUGUUUUGAUGCCAACAUACCGAGCACAAAAUAGCUGAGAUGUAGGCUGUUUGAUUGGUUUUGAAUUCGUUUUGAACCCUACUGACAGCUACGUCAACUGAGAUGUGGGCACAUUCAUAGUUGUUGAUCACAGUGAUGUAGGCACCAUUCGAGCACAGAGGAAGAGAUAGGCGAUAGGAGGGAUCUGAUCAAUUAUGGCUAGUCACCCAAAUAUAGUACGUGUCCAAUAUACGUAUGUCCAUAACGUAUUCAGAUCUAAUUGAACAUUGUAUUGAAUGAAAUCGAAUCGAGAGGUCGAUACGAUCACUAUCCCUAUCAAAAAAUUUUGUAUUUUGUAAAUCGAGAAAAUCUCUUACCAUCAGGUCGGUGGUAGAAAUCAGGACACCUGUUACAGCUACGAUCAUUGUCAUUCUUUGAGAUAUAAAUAAAUUAAAACACAUUUGAGACCGAAUUAGUUCAAAUACUUCAUUAAAAAUACUUAUAAAACCUUCUAAACUUUAAAUAUCGAGACAAAA